AUGCCGGAGAAAUCAGAAGAACAACAACAAGUCCCAGAGAAAUCCCCACCAUGGAAAUUCAUCCUUAUUGGAGUGGGGGUCGUGGUGUUCGCCUUGGCCAUCGGAUUGCCAAUAGGAUUGCUGGCAGGAGGCAGUGGUAGUGAUGAUUCUUCUUCCGCUUUAUCCGCCACCAAUGGAUCUCCCAAUGCAUCUCCCACUAGCAGUGGUGGUAGUGGUGGUGGAAGCCCCAGUGGUGGUGGUGGAAGCUUUCCCAAUCAGCCACCGGUCAGUUCUCCUACCUUUCAGAAUCCUCCCGCCAACCGAGUUCCCAUCAAAUGUUUGCCCGACGAUUAUCGAAUUGAUGCCUUGACGUCGGGUGUUUGUUCGGGUGGACUCCGCCGGGAAGAACUGUACCUUCGAACCUUGCGACAAAUCACUGCCCAAAGUGUCUUGACCAAUCCCAGUCGGCCCCAAGGAAAGGCCUUUGCCUUUUUGCUCAAUUACGAUCCCUACUUUCAAGGAUCUUGUAGUACUACUGGUUUGAAGGAACGUUACAUUUUGAUGACUCUCUUCUUUUCCACCAAAGGAGAGUACUGGUCCCGACAAGUUGGUUGGUGCGGUGGAACCCAACAUUGCACUUGGUCCGGAGUCUCUUGUUCCAGCAGUGGAACCAUUACUGGAAUCGAAUUGGCCACCAACAAUUUGAGUGGUACCAUCCCGGAAGAAUUCUAUGCCCUCCAACACCUCCAACGCAUCAAUUUGUUUGCCAAUUCUAUUUUGGGUACGAUCCCCAACUUUUCGACACUGUACAACUUGAAGGAAAUUGAUUUGCAAAACAACUUGCUGACGGGCAAUGCCUUUCCCACUAGUCUACCCAAUGGUGUGACCCAUUACAAAGUGAGUGGCAACAAUUUGAGUGGCACCAUUCCCACCUCGAUAUUGGACAAGUGGACCCAACUCCAAACCCUUUGGGCGGGUAACAAUCAGAUCAGCGGUACCAUUCCGACCCAAUUUGGAAGACUCAAUCGACUGACAAGUCUAUACCUGUAUGAAAACCGACUCCAAGGCAGCCUCCCGGCACAAUUGGGCAACAUUUUGUUGCAAGAGAUUUGGUUGUCCAACAACUUUUUCGAACAACAAAUUCCGGAAUCUCUACUAUUCUUGGGAAGUCUCAAGUUGUUUCGACUGGAAAACAACGUCUUUUCGGGCAGUCUUGCGACUUGGAUUGGUCUUUUGACCAACUUGCAAGACUUACGAGUCAACAAUAACAACAUUGCUGGAACUGUGCCAGUUCAAUUGGAUCAGCUUACCGAUUUGAAGGAACUACAGAUUGGAACCAACUUUUGGAGUGGCAAUCUGCCAAAUAUCUUCCGCAACCUACAGCAACUCGAGACCUUUGACGCAUCGAAUACUGAUCUGGGUGGCACGAUUCCCACCGCACUCUUCAACAUUCCAACCCUGGAAACCGUCAAUCUUUCCAACUCUCGAUUGUCGGGUAGCAUUCCCAAUACAUUGAGCAAUGCUGGCAAUCUACAGAAACUCUACCUGAAUGACAUGCCCAACCUACGUGGAAACCUCCCGUCUCCUGGUCAAGGACGAUUGGGCAGUCUGACGGAACUUUUGGUCCAUCGAACGGGAUUGACAGGGUCCAUGCCCACAUCGAUCUGUGCCCUGCGAUCGGACUCCUUUUUGGAUACCUUGGAAGCUGACUGCCUUGGAGGAUCACCCAAAUUGCAAUGCGACUUUCCAGAUUGCUGCACUCGAUGCUACUAA